UCAAAUAAAAAACAUUUUACAUUUCUCUUAAAUCUCAAUGCUUCUAAUAAAGUUAUUUUGAUUUCAGUUUAAAAGUUUAAAUUUAAAUUAAUCAAUUUGAAAACAUCUCAUCCAAGUAAUUGCGUUUAAGGACAUUAAAAUUCAUUAAAUCAUGUUUAAAACAGGCUUUAUCAAGCUUAACAAAAAUGUUGAGGUAAAAGAACAGAAACCAAAGACAACCCACGAAAGGGGUGUCGUAUACCUGGGACAUAUUCCCCAUGGUUUUUAUGAAAAUGAAAUGAAACAAUAUUUCUCACAGUUUGGUGAAGUCACAAAUAUAAAUUUACCAAAGAGCAAGAAAACAGGAAGAGCUCGUGGAUUUGGAUUUGUAGAAUUUGAGUUCCCAGAAGUUGCUAAAGUCGUAGCAGAAACAAUGAAUAACUAUUUAAUGCACAAAAAAAUUAUUAAAGCUAAAUAUCUAUCACCUGAUGAAAUCAGAAAGACCACUUUUAGAUAUUGCAACAAAAAGUCAAUACCAUUAGUAAUUAAAAACAGAUCUAUUCAGAGAAAAAUAAUGGAAAGACCUUUAGAUCCAGAACGUGAAGAAAAAAGUAAAAUGGCUUUAGAAAAACGAUUGAAAGCAUUUAAGAAAAAAUUAAACAAUAAAGGAAUUUCUUAUGAAAUACAAAUGUUCAAUCCUGAAACACCGAAGCAAUCAAAUAAAAUGUCUAAGAAGAAAGGUAUUGAAAAGAUUGUUCAUUCAGUUGUUAGUUUACCUACUGCUACUGUUUCAAAAUCAUCAGAAGAUAUGGAAAUCGACAGUAAGAAAACAAAAACAACAUCAAAAUCACAAAAUUUCAUAAACACUAGUACAAAAGACACUAAAAGAAGAUCGUUAAGGAAAAAAUUGUAACUUUUAUUUAUGUUCAUGUAACUGUAAACAUGACUUAAUGAAAAUAUAUAUUCGGUAUUGCUUAUAUAACUUGUUUAUUCUUU